AAAAAGAAAAAAAAGUUCUCAAAUUGAUAAGUAUUUCAUAGCUUGUAUAAGUACUUUUUAGGGCAUUAACUAGGUCACAAUCAAAUGAGAUAUAAUUAAGAUGUAAUGUCUAAACUACAUUCCAUGAACUCACCUCUCCUUUGACCUCACACCCUAUGUAGGAGGGGUGAGGGUGUGCGGUUUCAGAGCGGGCAAUCAAGGUAUCUCUCCACCAACAAAACAAACACACAGCUUGUGUGGUAACACUACAAGAAAGGAGAACUUACUGGAGCCGAAUGUCAGGUUUCGAUCUAUCAUCAGCUUUAGGUAUGGAAGAACAAGUGAAGAAGGCAGAGGCUCAAAAGGAUGAGAUAACAUGGCCUUGGAGCAAGGGUAAAGACGAGAAAAAAUGCAAGGGGAAGUCUGACUCAGGUAAAAAAAAAUCUGAUUGCAAGGGCAAAUCUGACGGUGAUGGCAAGUCAAAGUGCCACAAAGACGGAAGUAAGAAGAAGCACAAGAAGCAUGGUGAGAAAAAAAAUAAUGGAAGCUCAUCCUCAUCCUCGUCUUCAUCUUCCUCCUCCAGUUCAAAUGAGGAUUGAUUCUCGCUGUGGGACUGGACUGUUUUUAUUCUCUUAUUUUUCCAGGAGAAUAACUUUAUUAUGAAUCUUAUGAUAUAAAGAUAUGAUAAUUGAAUCAUGAAGCUCUUCAAUUAAAGUGUAUUUUCUUCACCACUAGA